AUCCGCCGGCCUGGAAGUGGUUGGCGCCUGCGCAUUAGUUCUUAGGGACGAACUAUUUCUUCCGUAGCAAAAGCGGACAGGCGGACCAUGGCGGAGGAGGUAAAGGAACAAGUGAAGGACCUGAUGAAGGCUACAGUCCUCAUGCGGCACCCGCAGCAGGUUCAGGAGAUCAUUCUAUCCCUCAGGAAGGGAGGACGCAACAAAUUGCAGGUCAUUUCUGACUUUGACAUGACCCUGACUAGGUUUGGAUUUAAUGGAAAACGAUGUCCUACAUCUUACAAUAUCCUAGAUAAUAGCAAGCUCAUCAGUGAGGAAUGUCAGAAAAAGUUAAAGGAUCUCCUUCACUACUAUUACCCAAUUGAGAUUGAUCCAAACAGGACAGUCAAAGAGAAGUUCCCCCUUAUGGUAGAAUGGUGGACUAAAGCCCACAAUCUCCUGUGUCAACAGAAGAUUCAGAAGUACCAGAUAGCCCAGAUUGUUAGAGAUUCAGAUGCAAUGCUCAGGGAGGGGUUUGAGACGUUUUUCAACACACUCUACCAAAGCAAUAUUCCUCUUCUCAUCUUUUCUGCUGGUAUUGGAGACAUUUUGGAAGAGAUUAUCAGGCAGAUGAAUGUUUUCCACCCCAACAUUCAUGUUGUGUCCAAUUACAUGGAAUUUGAUGAAAGUGGCUACCUGCAGGGUUUCAAGGGUAAUCUCAUCCAUACGUAUAACAAGAACAGUUCAGUCCUGGAGGACUCAAAGUACUUCCAACAGCUCCAGGUUAAGACCAACAUUCUCCUACUGGGUGACUCCAUGGGCGACCUGACUAUGGCUGAUGGGGUGUCCAGUGUGGGAAACAUCCUUAAGAUUGGCUUCCUGAAUGACAAGGUAGAGGAACAGAGAGAGCAAUAUAUGGAUUCCUAUGACAUUGUGUUGGAGAAGGAUGAGACCCUGGAUGUGGUCAAUGGGAUCCUAACCCACAUCUUGUGUGAGCAGGACCAAGUGGGAAUGCAAGAGUCCUGAAUGCAGUUGAAGACCCUCAAAUGCUGUCUGCUCCAGCUGGUUCUUCAAAAACGUCUCAUCCCUUGUGUACAUAAAAAGUCUUGGCUCCCAAGAGCCGCUCGAUCCCAGGUCCUUCCUCCUCUCCCAUGGCCUGUUACUGUUUUUACCAAGAGCUUUCGGUAACUGGCUGUCCAUUGCAGCCCUGACUUGUUAAAAAGAAAUCUAUAGUCAACAUGUUCACCUGGCUGAGAAAGCAGUAUAGCAGCUCAGAUGACAGAGGAGAGAAGUGGUGACAAACUGAAUUGGAUACCACUCUUUCAUCAACUUGCCUUCCCCAUCUGCCUACCCAUGCCCCUUGCCCCCCAAAAAAACACCCACACAGUGUAAACACCUUCAUUGAAAAAAUGCCGAGGGCUUGUGUCCUCACUGGCAAUUAAUUCACUGACAUUGGGAGGUGUGGGUAUUAGAACUCAGUGACUGGAUGUCUGGAGACCUGAGUGUGAGUCCCUGCCCUUCCCCCAGUUAGCUCUGUGACCGCAGACAAGUCACUUAACUUUCCUAGGUCUCAUUGUCCUUUUUAAAAUGAAAGGUUUAGAAUAGGUGAUUCUUCAUAGUUCCAAAAUUCUAUGAUUCUAUUACAUUCUAAAACUGAAUGUUGGACUUGAAAUCCAAGAGGGUUAUACAGCUGUACCUGUAGCCUACUUGGUUUAUCAAAGAAUGGGGAUUUUCUGCUUCAUAGAUUUCCUUAAGUAACCUUGGGGCCUCCUCUCCCUGCCUUUCCUCUUUAGAUAGUCUUAGCCACUGACAGGACCAGACACUGGGGGGAAAAGAGGGAGGGAGCAGUUAAAUGAGGAGCUAGGAAGCAGUGACUCUGUCUGUAUUUUAAUGUCAAAUAAAUGAUUUUUGGAUUCUG